AUGGGCGAGCCAAAGGGGUCCUGCAACCUAUACCUUAAUGGAUACUGUCGCCAUGGCGAUCGUUGCCCUUACCGGCACGCGGAGGACAUUGAGCUACCGAUCCCCGAUGCCCAGAUAAGUCUUAACCAUGGUGCAGCUGAGAUUAAAUACGGAGAUGGCACUACUGUCAUCGGAGUCCACACUGCGCGCCAUCCUUCCGAAACGCGGCAUAAACACCUCGGCGCUGCUUCCCGGGAUUUUGAGCUAACAACAGUAAAGAUUCACUGGACCGAACCCUAUGGGGGUGUAACCUACAGCUUGGGCACGGGCGAGCUUAGCCCAGUAGACCCCAUACUUGAAGCUGUCGAAAGGUGGUGCCGUUCCACCGAUCACGACAUUGAAACCCUACCGAGCUCAUCGCCGAACGGUGCUCAAUCCAUUACAAUCAAAAUAUUCGGCCGGAUGUUCCAGGAGAGCGAUAUCCGCACACAGAUCCCCGCGGACUCUCUGUCUAGAAUAACCAAAAUCCCCACACCCUUCCCUCAGAAGGAUGCUCUCUCCGCAGCCUGCACCGUACUGGGAAAUAUCACGUACACGGAACACGUUCAGACAAACUUACAACGGCGCGAAAAUGCGUACAGCUUCGAGUUCAAGUGCUCCGAGGAUACUCGCCGGGCCUUCGCGCUACUUAGCACUUCCUGGCUCCCAGAGUCAGACAACUAUCUCGCGGUAGAUUACGUAUAUACGUACACAUUCCGUGUUCCCGGCAACAUCUUCGCAAGAACUGCUCAGUUGUUCCACAACAUUGAGUUACAAGCCGGCCCACGUAUCCACUUCGAUGCUACGGAAGCCAACAACAUGAUUAAGGCUAAUUACGUGACCAUCAAGGUUUCUAGCGAGUGGCAACAGGAUCUGACCAGGACGAGGGCUUCCCUUGAGAAGAUAUUCUCCGGAACAACUGCGCUCUAUCUGGGCCAACCUAUCUGGUCAGAACUACUAUCGACAAAGGUAGCGUUAAACCGUGAUCUAAGGAUGCUCGCAAAAGACCAUGGUGUAUUAUUUUACCAGCACCAAAAGGCUCAGGAGCUCAAGAUCAUCGGAGUCGAACAGAAGAAGCUCGCUUAG